GUUUCAUUCCCACUAAGUGAUAGUUAAUCUCUAUCGAUUUCCGGCUAUCGCUGUAUUAAUCGAUUACUUCACGAAAAUGCUGCCACUGUCACUUUUAAAAACAGCACAGAGCCAUCCCAUGUUGGUGGAGCUGAAAAAUGGUGAAACAUACAAUGGUCACCUAGUCAGUUGCGACUCAUGGAUGAAUAUUAAUCUGCGCGAUGUUAUUUGCACCUCAAAGGAUGGCGAUCGGUUUUGGCGCAUGCCGGAAUGUUAUAUCCGUGGGAGCACCAUCAAAUAUCUGCGAAUUCCUGACGAAGUAAUCGACAUGGUCAAGGAGGAUGCGCAGGCCAAGUCGAGGAAUCGCACAGAGAUGAACAAAAACCGUGGCGGCAACUCGUCGCAAAAUCAGCGCGGCGGGCGCCCUGGUGGUGGAAAUCGAAAUAAUGUCGGCAAUCGUCCUGGCCAGGGAUACGGAGGGCCUGCAAACAACGCGAUGCGCCUGGGAGGAGCUGGUGGACAAGGGAAUCGCCUGCCCCACGCUGCCAAGAAUAGGAAAUAGUUGUUUGGAUCGUAGUAAUAAAUUCUUUUCAACCAUUUCAAGUCACGUAUUUAUUAUUAAAAAGUUGACAUUUUUAUACAGUCUCGAUAAUUUCA